GCAGAGCGCAUGCGCACACCGCAUCAGAAUGUUGAGCAAAACGGACUAGAACAGAGACGGGAAGACGCGCAAGCAAAUUCAAACAUAUUUUUCUCCUUGUCGAGGUGAACGUCUGUCGACCUAGAAUAUAACUUAUAAAAACAUGACGGAGCCCCAGUCAGCACUGUUACUCAGGAGACAGCUAGCAGAACUGAAUAAAAAUCCUGUGGAAGGUUUCUCAGCCGGUUUGAUAGAUGAUAAUGACCUCUACAGAUGGGAAGUACUAAUAAUUGGUCCUCCUGAUACACUGUAUGAGGGUGGUGUCUUUAAAGCCCAUCUUACGUUUCCCAAAGACUAUCCUCUCAGGCCUCCUAAAAUGAAGUUCAUUAGCGAAAUAUGGCAUCCAAAUGUUGACAAGAAUGGUGAUGUUUGUAGUUCGAUAUUGCACGAACCCGGGGAGGAUAAAUAUGGCUAUGAGAAACCAGAAGAGCGCUGGCUCCCCAUCCAUACCGUAGAGACCAUCAUGAUUAGCGUCAUCUCUAUGCUAGCAGACCCCAAUGGAGACUCCCCUGCCAAUGUUGAUGCAGCAAAAGAGUGGCGGGAAGACAGACAUGGUGAAUUCAAAAGAAAAGUUGCCCGCUGUGUAAGAAAGAGCCAAGAGACUGCCUUCGAGUGACAUUCAUCUAGCAGCUUGUAGCUUCACUAUUUUCAGGGUCUCCAGUUGAGAAACAACAUGGCACUGUUUUCUUGCACUCUACCACCC